AUGAGCUUUACACCACCACCACCACCACCACCACCACCACCACCACCACCACCAGUCUUUGUUAGUGAAAACUACCACAUUUGGGUUGUGAAAAUGAAAACUUAUUUGCAAGCAUAUGACUUGUGGAAUGUGGUCGAGAAUGACACAGAACUAGCUUCAUUAAGGGCCAAUCCCACGAUUGCACAAAUCAAACAGCAUAGUGAAGAGUGUACCAAGAAGCAUAAAUCAAUGAAAUGCUUGCAAAAUGGUGUGUUUGAUGUGAUAUUCACUCGAAUAAUAGCUUGUGACACUCCAAAACAAGCCUGGGAGAAGAUGAAGGAAGAGUUUCUGGGGUCAGAUAAGACUAGGCAGCAACAGUUGAUCAACCUCAGGAGGGACUUUGAGAACUUAAAGAUGAGAGAGUUUGAAACAAUCAAGCAGUACUCUGAUAGGAUAAUGGCUACAGUCAAUAACAUUAGGAUCCUUGGAGACGAUUUUAGUGAAAGCAGAGUUGUUGAGAAGCAAAAUCAAGCUCAGGCUACUGAGGAUAUACAAGCUCAGGAGGAGCAUGUUUUCACUGCAUCCUGUUAUGCAACCUCAAGAAAAGUCAAAAAGGACUGGUUAGUAGACAAUGGCUACACUCACCAUAUGGCAUCUAAUGAAGAGCUGUUCAAGGAUCUUGAUAGAAGCCUUGCUUCCAAAGUCAAGAUUGGAAAUGGAAACCUUAUUGAAGCCAAAGGCAGAGGCAAUGUUCUGAUCAGCACACAUUCAGGUAACAAAACAAUCUCAGAUGUCCUUUUUGUACCUGAUAUAGACCAAAAUCUGCUUAGUGUUGGUUAG